GCGCGGGGGCGGUGCGAGGGCCGCCUCGCCCCUUCUCUGGGCCCGCCCCUCCGCUCCCGCCACUCAGUGAGCGAAGAGGGCGGUGUCAGCGCGAGCGCGGGAAUCUCGCCGGCGGCGGCGGCAGUAAAGAAGGUUUGUGUCCCGCCGACCCUGAGAGCCUCUCUUCUUCCCAGUUCCCCUGGAGGCAGGGCUGAGACCUGGAAAAAGCACGUCUGAGGGAAAAAACUCGCUCCCAGAAGGUGAGGUUCGAAAGGAGAAUGAAGGUCAUUACUUGUGAAAUAGCCUGGCACAACAAAGAACCUGUGUACAGCUUGGACUUCCAGCAUGGGACUGAUGGGAAAAUUCAUAGGCUGGCUUCUUCAGGAGUAGACACAGCCGUACGGAUUUGGAAAGUAGAAAAAGGACCAGAUGGAAAAGCCAUUGUAGAAUUUUUGUCCAAUCUUGCUCGACAUACCAAAGCAGUGAAUGUUGUUCGGUUUUCUCCUAAUGGUGAAAUCUUAGCAUCUGGAGGAGAUGAUGCUGCCAUUUUGUUGUGGAAGGUUAAUGAUAACAAGGAGCCAGAACAAAUUGCAUUUCAGGAUGAAGAUGAAGAACAACUGAAUAAGGAGAAUUGGGCUGUCAUUAAAACAUUAAGGGGACACUUAGAAGACGUAUAUGAUAUUUGCUGGAUGACUGAUGGAAAUUUAAUGGCUUCUGCUUCUGUCGAUAAUACAGCUAUUAUAUGGGAUGUUGGCAAAGGACAAAAAGUUUCCAUAUUUAAUGAGCACAAGAGUUAUGUGCAAGGAGUUACCUGGGAUCCCUUGGGUCAAUAUAUUGCUACUCUGAGCUGUGACAGGGUGUUGCGGGUAUACAGCACACAGAAGAAACGAGUUGCCUUCAACGUUACAAAAAUGCUGUCAGGGAUGGGAACUGAAGGAGAGGCAAGAAGUUACCGAAUGUUUCACGAUGAUAGUAUGAAGUCAUUCUUUCGUAGACUUAGUUUUACUCCUGAUGGGUCUUUACUUCUAACACCAGCAGGUUGUGUUGAGUCCGGUGAAAAUGUAACAAAUACAACUUAUGUUUUCUCCAGAAAGAAUCUUAAAAGGCCUAUUGCUCAUCUCCCCUGCCCUGGAAAAGCAACACUUGCUGUCCGCUGCUGUCCAGUCUACUUUGAAUUGAGGCCAGUAGAUAAAGCAUCACAGGAAUCAGCACAGGAACUGAUCAGCCUACCCUACCGGUUGGUGUUUGCUGUGGCUUCUGAAGAUUCUGUGCUUUUCUAUGACACUCAGCAGUCCUUUCCUUUCGGUUAUGUGUCCAACAUACAUUAUCAUACACUAAGUGAUAUUUCAUGGUCCAGUGAUGGGGCUUUCCUGGCCAUUUCUUCUACAGAUGGUUAUUGCUCCUUUGUGACAUUUGAGAAAGAUGAACUUGGAGUGCCUUUAAAAGAGAAACCAGUUUUAAACGUGAGAACUCCUAAUACAGCAGAGAAGAAAGCCAAGAAUCAGACCCACCGAGUGACUUCCCCAAGUCCAAGGCCAGUGGAAGGAACUCCUACCAGUAGAAACCAAGACCCAAACAGUACUGUUACACCUCUUCAGGCUAAGCAGUCUCCAGCCAUAACAGUAAACAAGGACUUGCCCAUGAGUCCUCUUGGGAAUAGAAACUCUUUGAAUCUAUCAUCAGAAGAAAAGAAAACUCCACAGGCUUAUAUUCAGAACACAAAGUCAAGCCAACCUCGGAGAAUUACUUUGAAUACCUUACAAGCCUGGAGUAAGACAACUCCUCGGAGAAUAAAUUUAACGGCCUUAAAGACAGAUGCUCAGACAUGCACUCCACAAGUCAAUGCAGUUUCUGUUCCAUCUAUAGAAGCAUGUCAGCCAGAGGUACCUGAAGACACUCUUUGCAGUUCUCCAGAAUCAAAACGCCUAAAGUUCAAUGAAACACCUAUUUCACCAUCUUCUGAAAAUGAAAGGAACUGCGGUUUAAGCAGCUGAGAGUCUGAAAGACUGGAUUCCUGGUGGACUUUUCAUUAUCUAGCCAUAGUAUAACCAAAGUAGGAGAGGCCUUUGGGUCCGAAAUGAAGCAUGUGACUUGUUCAGCAUUCUACCCAGGUGCAACAAGUACUUGAAGCAUAAUACUUAUAGCAGGAGAUAAUGGCUUGUAAUGCUUUUUUUCAGCAAAUAACCUUUUAUUUUUAUUUAUCAUAUAUUUUAAUUCAGGAGAAUGAAAGUAUUUAUUCUUAGAUUAAAUACUGUCAUUAUUUUCCUGUCAAUCUUUAACCAUCUGGAAAUGUUUAAGUUUUUGUGAGUCUAUGAACCUUGCCUCUUAUUUUAAAGUAUUUUCCUAAUAAUGGAACUUUUCUUCCAACAUUAGAUCUCAAAAGAAGGAGAAAAUGUAAUCUCUUCUAGAUUUGAUCUUUUGGGUGUAUGUGUAUGUAGUGUAUGAAGUGAUUGAUAAUUUAAAUUAUAGUUUUCACUUAGCUGGAAAGAUCUUUCAUAAUUACUUUAUUUAGCAUUUCAAAAAUUACUUCAGAUUGCCUCCCAUUAUCUUGGAUUUGCUUAUCCCAUUCCUUAUGGGUAAGGAUAAUAAAGUGUUUUGUUUUUGAACUAAGCUUUUUUGAUACAACAGCAUUAGAUUAGGAAAGCCCAUUCAUUGGAUGUUUUCAAAUCUAGUCCACACAUCAUUUUUUUUUUUAAGUUGUUUUGUUUUUAUAUUACAAGCAUUGAUAAAUUAGUACAACUUCAUGAGAGGUCAAUAAGUAAAAUUAGUAAUUCAGUGAAUUCAACUGAAAAUGCAUACAUUUCACUUCAUUGCAACAAAUAUAGUCAAGGAAAACAAAUUCCUUCCCUCAAUAGCUGGAUACAAAUAUAUGUAAGAUUCAUUUUGCACUCUAAAUCCAAAACUUCUCUGUAACAGAGCAUGUUAAAUCCUUAGGACUAAGGAUCUAAGGACUAAGGACUAGAAUCAUGAAAAGUCAUUGAAUUGACCAUGGUCAGUUUUAAGGUAAGGAAAAUGAGAUCCCCCAAAUGGGAAAUAACUUGUUGAUAUGAAGGAAAUAUUCCCAUCACGUUCUUGUGAAAGGGAAUUACUGCCAAAUGACACAAUCCCCAUACAGAAAUCCCAAAGGUUAAAAUAGUUUGUAAUAUGCUUAAGCAUAGGUUCAGAGCUCAAAAAAUUACUCUGAGCCCUAUUCAGAAUUUUUAGGAGACAUAUAGUUUUCAUUUAUAUCAGAGAGGAAAAGGAAUGUAGAGACAAGAUCUCUCACAUUACCUAAGGGAAGAAUAAAAUUUUAUGGAGGUAAAGGUCUUGGAUUUCAAAGUUAGACUUUUGGGAUUUACAUUUCAAGGCUCUAUUUGGAGAGCUUAUGGUGGACUAAUUGAGAAGAGAGAUUUACAUGAUAUAUCUACUGAAUCAGAGCCAUUGAAUAUGUAAAUUUAUCACCUUGAUGGUAAUUGUUAUAAAUCCAGGCAUGUAGAAUAUAUUCCAUUUAUCCUGUCUAGUUCUUUACCUACAUCUAAAAAAGGCCAGAACUUAGCCAGCUUAGUAACCUUCCCAACAAAAGUGGCAGCUCUAAACUCUAAAUAAUAUAGUAAAAAGAAUGCAGAAACUUUUAUACAAGCCAAUAUACAGGGUAUAUAGGUAUAGUGAAUGCCAGAGUUUGGAUUAAAACCCACUUGUUCAGAAUCUGGAACAAUUGUGUGGUUGGAAAAUAAAGCAAAAAUUUGUUUUAGGCAGUCAUGAAUAUAUAUUAUUACCUGCUGUCUUAGCUUUGCUUAUUAUGGGUUCCUAAUUUAAUUUUUUCUUUAAGUUUACUAUUAAUAGAAUUAGCUCUAUAAGAUUUGAGUUUUCAACAUAUGAAUUGGAACUUUCAAACUUUACUGGAAAACCAAAUUUAAGAGAUUGUACUAAAUUUUAUUGUCUUGUUACUGGCAGGUUUUAGCAACAGUAAAUAGGGAGUCUCUACAAGUAACUUUAACUGGUAAAUUGUUUGCCUGGAUAUAAAGCAGUGAAAUCACUUAUUUGGCUUUAGUUCAGUGUAAUAGAGUAGGUUCACAAACUGUUACUGAAACAAUGACCAUAAAUAGAAUUUUUAUAAUGCUGGAUACUAAUCACUUUUCAUAUAGACAGCAUGAAUGAAACAAAAUUGAAAAAUAAUGCAGCUGAGACUUGAGACAGAUUAAAUGGCAAACGGAAUAAAUGUAAAAAUAACAUCCUAUGAAAGUAAAUGUUUGAUGAAUUGAGUGCCCUUUGAUAAUUGAAAUUUUUUUUCUAUCUUGUACUUCCAGCAACAAUAAAUUCACUGGAAACAUAAG